UCUUUUUCUCUUUCUCAUUUUUCAGUAACAAUGACAAAUAUUGGAGAAAAAGUUGUGUGCCUGGUUGCUUACCACAUAUUUUUCAUGCUGUUCGUCUGGUCAUAUUGGAAAACAAUUUUUACGCUACCAAUGAAUCCUUCAAAAGAAUUCCACUUGUCCUAUUCAGACAAGGAAUCCCUAGAGAGGGAACCUAGAGGUGAAUCCCAGCAAGAAGUCCUGAGAAGAGCAGCCAAGGAUCUGCCUAUCUACACACGGACAAUGUCUGGAGCAAUCAGAUACUGUGACAGAUGCCAACUUGUGAAACCAGAUCGUUGCCAUCACUGUUCUGUAUGCGACAAAUGUAUUUUGAAAAUGGAUCAUCAUUGUCCUUGGGUGAACAACUGCGUAGGAUUCUCCAAUUACAAAUUUUUUCUUCUCUUCUUGGCUUAUUCUCUACUGUACUGCAUUUUCAUUGCUGCAACAGAUUUACAGUAUUUUAUCAAGUUUUGGACAAAUGGCCUUCCUGAUACUCAAGCCAAGUUCCACAUUAUGUUUUUAUUCUUUGCCGCAGCCAUGUUUUCUGUUAGUCUUUCUUCUCUCUUUGGGUAUCAUUGUUGGCUUGUCAGCAAGAAUAAAUCUACUUUAGAGGUGUUCAGAGCUCCCAUAUUUCGUCAUAGAACAGACAAGAAUGGUUUUAGYUUGGGCUUCAGCAAAAAUCUGAGGCAGGUGUUUGGUGAUGAAAAGAAAUACUGGUUGCUGCCUGUGUUUUCAAGUCUAGGGGAUGGUUGCUCCUUCCCAACUUGCCUUGUUAAUCAAGACCCUGAGCAAGCUUCCACACCUGGUGGUCUUACUUCAACAUCCAAAAGUGAGAAUCACCUGUUCCCGGCAAAGCCAUUGCGUGAUUCCCAGAGCCACCUUCUCACUGAUCCGCAGUCUUGGUCAGAUAUUAGUGCAAAGACUGAAAAGGGCAAAGUUGGCAUGAGCAAUCCUGCAUUAACCAUGGAAAAUGAGACCUAGUUACUCUCAGAAGAAAUGUCUGAAUAUUGAAGGAAAGUUCAAGACAAAAAGCAGCUGUUGGAAGGAGGAUAUAUUCUUCCAAAAUCAGCCCUAUUGGUCAACUGUUCCUGUCUGCUCUUGUGUGGAUGUGCUCAGAAAACAAACUGACAGAUAAUUAGCUGUUUCCAUAUCACUGCUUGAAACAUGAAACAAAGACAUAUACUACUUUUGAACCACAGAAAGAAGGUUUCAACUUAAAAUUACUGUCCUUGAAUGGUAAAAGAUAAUUCUGAGUAUCAUGAAAUGAAAAAAAAAAGAAAAAAAAAAAAAAAAGAGGUGGGCUGAGAUUAUUCUGCAAACUAUAUGGCUGGUUUUACUUUGGUAUUUAGCACAAGAAAAAUGUGACCUUGUAACAUAUCAGUCCAGGUACUUGCCCUUGUUCUUGAGAAUUCACCAGUUAAUUCAAAUUGCUGCAAGUGGAUGAUCUAAAAAUAAUAUUGCACUAGCGGCUUCGUGGCGUGGGAGAACAGGCAGUGUUGAUCAUUACUAACGGAGGGGCUCGGUGGGCUCUGCUUUCUUUUGCGCUCUUGGCAAGCUAUUUUUGCAGCUAAGGCAGCCUGAGCAAAGCAGCAGACUGGACUUGCAGCGUGUCUGGAGAGCAAGAGCGCAGAGGCUCCCUGUCUCUCAGCUGGGGCCACCAGCAGGUUGCAAGAGAUGGAGGGAAGAAACACUCCUGUGUCACUGAAGUGCCACAGCUGCGGUCAGACACUCGCGAGCGGAGCGCCCACGAAAGCCCACGCGCAGCUGGGUAAGAUACAAAUGAAUCUGGCCGRCAGGGAUUGUGAUGAAAGCUGUGCAGGACAGUCCAACGCAGGCGGAAUUUAUUGUCCCGGUUGGAGCCCUUAUCCCCAGGGACAGGAAUGUUGGCAUUUCGCUUUGAGUCAAGCCAAGCUGUGCUCCUGAGAGUCACUGUCCUGCAAAAUCCUAGUUUGCUUAGUCAAUAGUUGUCUUUUCUCAAUUGUUCUUUAAGACACUUCAUUUCUUAUUGCUUAACCCAAGGAAUAUUAAAUACAAACAAGGAGAUUUACUAUCAUUAGUUGUGAUAUUUACAUUUACAGGAAAAAGGACAUUUGAUUGUAAUACCAAAAAGCCAGACGGUUGCACGUGGGAAACCCCUUUCAACUAAGUUAGGAGAUAGUGGCUUUCUUYGGAGCAGUGAUUCCCAGGCGGGUGAUAAAAGAUGCAUUAUCAGCUUUCAAAGACAAGGAAGUUUCAGCAAUCUAAUUGUCUUGUGCCUUUCGUAUACACUAUGUUUAUGGUAUCACAGUGUUUACAUAUGAAUGCAAAGUAAUCGUGUUAUUUGGAAAACAGCUUCAAGAGGAAYUUGGUUAUACUUCUGAUGUGGCUGGGUAAGAAAACUAGUCUUAAACACGAAACCAAAAGAUUUUUCAUAUUCAGUUCAGUUGAAGCAGAAAAGUGUUUCUGCUCUCCAAACUGAAGGACUUAUCAGCUGGUUCACAGGGCAGAUUCCAGUUUGUUAUGGACUAGCAAAUCCAUGUAAAAAACUGGCACCAUGACCAAGUGACACAUUCCUGAAAGCAAAGUAUCGUAUCACCAAUUCUUCUACAGGCAGGUAGAACUCUGAUUUUUUUUUCCUAAAUUUACAAAUAAGGGGAAGAUAGAUGGCCACGGGGACGCAAACAUGACUCCCUAGUGGGGAAAACAGGACCAAGGGGAGGCCAUCCCUUUUACAGGACCAAGGGGACACCGUCCCUUUUCCCAUCACUUCUCUCUUGGGCUCCAAUUCUUACCAGCCUGAAAACAUCUGUUUCUUGCCAGAAGUGCCAGAGUUAUGGAUUCCUUGACAUGAAACACUUAAACUAGCAUGAAGGUAGCAUACAGUUUACACGAUACAAUCAUCUAGCAACCAAAAGAAGUUUUUCGUAGCUGUUUAUUCAGUGCUGUUCUGUCAGCUUCCUUUGUAUCUAUCAGUGGUUAUUUAAAGGCUAACUUGUCAAGGAAUAGGGGGGAGAGGGGAAAUAUAUUUUUAACACUUCAAGUUCUCUUUAUCUGUAUAGUCUUGGUUUUAUGUGGUUAUUCAGGGGGUGCUUUACCAUGGAGCAUGCAUUUCAAAUUGCUGUAGAGUUGAAAUUCAGCUUUAAUGUAACUUGCUCCAUAUUUCCACACAAAGACUAAGGUCAGAUUUCCUCCCCAGCGAAAGUCACAGUGGGAUGAGAUCUCUGUCAAAUAUAGAUCUCACACGUGGCUUUCACAGGAGCGAAAUGGGCCUCCCUGCCUGUGCCCAGGCGCUCCGGGAGCUGGGGGGCAGAGGAAGGACAAGGAUACGGAAUUGAGAAACGGGCAUCUGUUCUGUGUCUGGAGGUCACGUUUAGAAAGCACAAUAGCCCUAGACGCUGCAGUUUGGGUGUAGCCCUGGACGCUGCAGUUUGGGUGUAGCCCUGGACGCUGCAGUUUGGGUGUAGCCCUGGACGCUGCAGUCUGGGUGUAGCUGGAGGAGCCCCAGGGCCGGCAGAGGAGCGCGGGCGGCUCUGCUGCAGGUGCUGGGCGCAGGGCCUGGCGGGCACCCCUGGGCUCCAGGGUGCCCUCCCAAACACCUGUGAGCAGAGGGGGAAACUCGUCCUGUGGGCAGGGGGUGCUGCUGAGGGCUGAGGGAAGCCGAGCGCACUGCUGUGGGUCGUCUGCUUACACCUUUCUUUCAUCUUGCUAGGCACUUUACUACAGCCUUACGUGUAAUUUCUGUAAGCUUUUUUUAAAAGACUGCUUUAUACUUCACUGUACAGUUAAUCUUUACUAAUCUACUCUUUUGCUAAAUAUAGCCCUGAUAUUUGUCUAGAGGACCUCUGCGCCUCAAGCUUCAGUGGAAAUGGGAUGAAACUCCUUGGGCCUGACUCCCUGAUGAUGGCAGGGGUUAGUUUAUUUUGUAUAUGUGUAAACAGCUCUAUGAAGCAUUUAACCACUCAGGUCUGUGCAACAAGCUCCCUUAAUGGCAGGGUAGAACAGCCCCAUACGUGUCUGCUCCAGACGUGGUCCACACGUGUUCUCUGUCAACCAAUGUACCCAAGAGACGUAAUCCUAGAAGUCACAGAGAGCUAUUUUUAUUAAGAAAACAAAACACCCAAGACAGGGUGAGCUCCUUCCAUUAAGCUCUUUAGUAAGAGACACUAGACCACUACUGAUACGCACUUUAAUCCUUUAACUUAAAAAAAAAAAAAAAAAAAAAAGUCCCUCUUUAGUUGUAGAUUUAAAGCUCUUACACAGCUUGUUACUGUGGGCAGGGAACCCCUAGUAACUUUUCUUUUGACUGUGAACUUCUACUGCCACUAAUCAGGGUCUUCAAGCAACAUGUCAGCACGGCUGGAAGAAGCAAGUUUGAUACUGUGUGUGUGUUUUAGUGCACGAUAUUGAAUAUCAAAAG